AUGUCUUCUAGAAUCACCAGAUCCUCGGCUCGUCAAGCAGCAAGCCAGGCAGCCCAAUCAUCUACUCCUGCUCUUCCCGCUGCCCCAGCUGUCGCUGCUGACGUCCCGACUGCACCUGCUGCCACCCCAUCCUCUCGAAAGCGAAAGGGCACCGCUACCGAAACGAGUCCUUCCACCACCUCACAAUCUGGUUCUUCGGGUCGACGGUCCAAGAGACAGAAGAUCCCCGAAGCCGCUUCGUUUGCCCCAAACAAUCCACCUCCACCUAGGCCUCGGAGGAAGGGAAAGACGCCCGCCGAUAUGGAUAGCCCUGAAAGUGGACUUCCUGGGCCUGCAAAUGCCAACGAGUCCGCCACGCCCUCAGCCUCGUCGAGCCGGAAGUCGAGUCGAUCCAAGAAGCCUGGAAAUAACUCUCAAGAUCAAACACCAGCCCACCCGCUGUCCACUCGGAGAUCAAAGAGAAACCUGAAUAAUGCAGCCGACCAAGACACACCGAUGACAGGAACCGACGAGAACAGGGACCCGGGUCCUCCCCCACCUCCUCCACCUGCCGAUUCCCACGCCGACGACGAUAGUGAAAACAACGACGAGGAUGACGAGGAUGAACGGCCACACAGAUACGAGAACGACGAAGAUGACGAUGAAGACGAAGACGACGAUGACGAUCCCUUUGGCGGGUUCGGUGGCCCAGGAGGCCCAGGAAGUCUCUCCAGCACUCUGCGAGCUCUGACGGGGAUGAUGUCCGGUCUUACAACAAGACUGCGGGAACUUCUACAUAAUCUACGCCACGAUGAUCUCUCGGUUCAGUUGAUCGCUCUCCAGGAGUUGUCUGAGAUUCUUUUGGUGUCCAACGAAGACAAUCUGUCGGGCCACUUCGCUCCCGACGCCUUUGUCAAAGAGCUGGUCAUCCUAAUGAACAAGGAGGAGAGCCCAGAGAUCAUGCUCCUUGCUUGCCGCUGUCUCGCAAAUUUGAUGGAGGCCCUUCCCGCAAGCGUGGCCAACGUCGUCUAUGGAAACGCUGUUCCGGUCCUUUGCCAGAAGCUCCUGGAGAUCUCAUUCAUUGACCUGGCCGAGCAAGCUCUCAGUACCCUGGAGAAGAUUUCCGUCGAAUAUCCCACAAGUAUUGUCCGCGAGGGUGGGCUGACGGCCUGCUUGUCAUAUCUUGACUUCUUCGCAACGGGAACCCAGAGGACUGCCGUUACUACGGCUGCAAACUGCUGUCGCAACAUCCCGGAGGAUUCCUUUGGAGUGGUCCGGGAUGUCAUGCCCACACUCCUCAACGUUUUGAGCAGCAACGAUCAGCGAGUGGUGGAACAGGCUUCCCUCUGCGUCUCAGGAAUUGUCGAAAGCUUCAAAUAUCACCCAUCCAAGCUCGAGGAGUUGGCUAGCGUUGAUCUACUACGGGCGGUUUUGCGGCUUCUCGUCCCCGGAACAACCAACAUGAUCAGCUCCAACAUCCACACCCAGUUCCUACGUGUCCUGGCCUUUACAGCUCGUGCAAGCCCUCGGCUCUCUGCAGAGCUCUUCAAGCUUAAUGUGGUCGAGACGCUGUAUCAGAUUUUGACUGGCGUUUCCCCGCCCAGCGGUACCGAGGAUGUCGCUUCUAAGCUGGAUAGUGUGGUAAUCAUGCAGGCGCUUAUUCACCGACCCCGAGAGCAGAUUAUCGAGACGCUCAACGUUAUUUGCGAGCUCCUUCCCAACUUACCUCGGAACGCAGACCCAGCAUUUGGUGACUUUGUAGAGCUCCAAACUCCGGUAGAGCCCAUCACGCCGUCGUCUGGAGGUGGAAGGCACCGAAGAACCACCAACGACAAGCGUAUUGAGCUCCUCGAGGAGUGCAAGGAUGAAGUUCGCCGUUUUGCCCUCAUCAUCUUCCCUACUUUGACGGAUGCAUUCUCCAGCACUGUCAACCUCAGCGUCCGCCAAAAGGUUCUUACCGCGCAACUUAAGAUGCUGUCUAAUUUGGACGAAGACAUACUUAUUGAAGCUUUGACCCCUGUCCCCUAUGCCUCAUUCCUCGCCUCAAUCUUGUCGCAACAGGACCACCCAUCCCUCGUGAUGCUUGGACUACAAGCUACCGAGCUGCUACUUAGUAGACUCGACAAGAUUUAUCGCUACCAAUUCUACCGGGAAGGUGUCUUUUUGGAAAUCACCAAAAUCGCCAAUGAAGAGGAGCCUGCCGAACCUAAGCCUGAAACCAUCGAAAACGAGAAUGGCGAGAAUGAAGGCGAGAAUGCCGCCGACUCCGGAGAUGACGAUCACUCAUCAGACCAGGAAUCCGAGCACGAUGAAGAAGAAGACGAGGAGCAUGAGUCUUCCGAAAACGAUGAUGAAGAUGAAGAGAAUGACAACGAGAACGAGAAUGAGAACGAGAACGAGGCCCAAGGGGAGGAUAUGUCUCCAGUGAGCUCUAGAGGAUCGACCAUGUCUCUCGAGGUCCCCCUUCAUCGAUUUGUUUCCGAUGUCCGGUCGAUGAAGUCUCGCAUUCGGGAAGUGGCCAAGAAGUUCCUCGAGACCCAUGAGACCGAAGGCCACGGCCAGACCAUGAAGGCAAAGGCAACUCAGAUUCUCGACGCCUUGUCGGAACUCGCUGGGGAGCUGGAUACAUUCUACCUCAAGAGAACCCCUGGAAGCGUGCUCCCAGACAAAGGAAGCGAACUGUUCUCAAAACUGGCUUCUUAUUUCGAUACAGAUGUCCUCGAGAGUGUCACAAGCGCAGAGCUCUUGGCAUCCGGCUUGGUUCGUGUCCUUCUCGAAGUGUUUAGCAACCCCGAUGAGGAGUUGGCCCGUGCCGCUCAAUCGACAUUCCUCGAAGUCUUUAUGGGUUACACUGUCAAGUCAAAGCCCAAGACAGCCACUGCCGAGUCACCCGCCACUCCUUUUAGCGUUAUGAUUCACAAGCUCCAGGACCUGCUCAGUAGGUCAGAGCAUUUCGAAGUGAUUACCGUGCAUCAUAACACGUUUGAUGGGAACCACAGCAGCCCUGCCUCGAUGCUAGGAAAACAAAUUCGUCUUCGUCUUGUGGCUGAUGACGAGUCUGAAAUCCCCCGACCUUAUCGUAAUAUCAUGGUUUCGAUUCACGCCAUCGCAACAUUCAAGUCUCUUGAUGACUACCUUCGCCCACGAAUCAGCUUGACGGAACGCCCCCGUGGUUCCCGCAGGGAUGGCCUCACCAGAGCACUUGCCGCUAUGGCCGGCUCGGCUGGUAUCCCACUUAGUAGCGCAGCAGCAGCUCGGCUUGCUGAGCGAUCGCCAUUUGGCGCUGGAAUCCCUCCUCCCCCUCCCCCACCUUCUGCCCCAACUCCGUCCAGCUCUCGAUUCGCAAAGAAGUCAAAGACUCAAUCUGGCGCAACCGCCACCCCAGACCAAGCGGCUGGCCCCUCCAAGGACAAGGCUCUUCUGAGACGCUCGUCAAGGCGCCAGCCUACUUCGGCAGACACUCCACCGCCUCCGAUGCCCCCACCGGGAGAUGACGAAGAGAUGCAAGACACGCUAGAGUGUGCUGAUGAGAAGCAACUGACUGAUGACGAGGACGCUGGAGAGAGCAGUGCCCUCGAAGCCAUAGUUGGCGAGCUGGAAGAAGACGUCGACGACGAAUCGACUCCAGAUGACACUUCUGCCGUCAAUAUGGAGAUCGCUACUGGUGGCAACAUCACUGCCCGCAAGGAGGAUGGAACGAGAGUUGCAACCCCAACCGGAUCUGGUGCUCCUACUCGUGGAGCUGCCCCGCCGCCUCCAGGCCAUGGAACGCCAACACCAUCGACCUCAUCCCGACCAAUGUCGUAUGCUUCGGCUCUCCAAGCCGUGCCCCAGGACUGGCAUAUCGAAUUCAACCUGGAUAACAAGCUCAUUCCCAACGAGACCACCAUUUAUCGUGCCGUGCAUAACUCUGCAUCCAGCUCCGAUGAGCAUCUAAGCCGGAGCAUUUGGUCCGCCGUUCAUCCGAUCAAGUUCAAGAGAGUCCCUGGACCGCCACCUGCCGAGCCACUGGCCUUCACCCCCAAUGCUGAUGUAGAUGGAGAAGAUGAGAAUGGCAUCCCUGCCUCACUUGCAAAGCACCCUACAACGUCCUCUAUUCUACGACUGUUGAACAUUCUGCAUGAUCUUAACUCCAACAUUGAAGAUGUAUUGGCGGAGCAGAAGACUAACAUUGUUGGCCUUAACGUGGAGCCGCUAUCUCAAUUUGUCAACACAAAGCUCACGGCGAAGCUCAAUCGCCAGCUUGAGGAGCCUCUGAUUGUGGCUAGCAACUGUCUCCCUAGCUGGUCCGAGGACUUGGCACGGCUCUACCCAUUCCUUUUCCCUUUCGAGACUCGGCAUCUCUUCCUCCAGUCCACAUCCUUCGGAUACGCCCGAUCGAUGGCCAGGUGGCAGAAUACUCAGUCUGCGGAGGAGAACCGACGAGACCGCAACAGCGAGCGUCCAUUCCUCGGCCGACUACAGCGACAAAAGGUUCGGAUAUCUCGCCAAAAGAUUCUCGAAUCUGCGUUGAAGGUUAUGGAACUGUAUGGUGCAUCGCAGAGCAUCUUGGAGGUCGAGUAUUUUGAGGAGGUUGGCACUGGUCUAGGCCCAACACUCGAAUUCUACUCGACUGUAUCCAAGGAGUUCUUCAAGAAGAAACUCAAGCUUUGGCGAGAAAUGGACUCUAAUGGACCUGAUGAGUUUGUCUCUGGCGGAACUGGAUUGUUCCCUCGGCCCCUGAGCGAGGAGGAGGCCGGGACACCGAACGGGGAGCGCAUUCUCCAUCUCUUCAAGAUGCUUGGAAAGUUCGUUGCUCGAUCCAUGAUUGACUCUCGCAUUAUCGACAUUCAUUUCAACCCGAUUUUCUUCCGAAUCGGGGAUGGGGCGCCCACUGGAGUCAAGCCGUCAUUGGGAGCUGUUAAGAUUGUUGACCCAGGUUUGGCGCGCUCGCUGAAGGCCAUCAAGAAAUUCGCCUUGGCCAAGAAGGCUAUCGAUGAGGACCCUGGGCGAACUGCCGCGCAAAAGGUCACCGACACCGAGAACAUAACCAUUGAUGACGUCAAGCUUGAUGACCUCUGCCUGGACUUUACUCUCCCUGGAUAUCCAAGCAUCGAACUUGAGGAUAACGGUUCGCAGAAGCGCGUCAGUAUCGAUAAUGUUGAGUCGUACUUGGAGAAGGUCAUUGACAUGACGCUCGGGUCUGGUGUCCGCCUUCAGGUUGAUGCCUUCCAAACCGGGUUCUCACAAGUGUUCCCAUACUCUGCCCUCAGCGCUUUCACGCCUGACGAGCUAGUCACUCUCUUCGGCCGAGUUGACGAAGACUGGUCCCUCGAGACCCUUCUUGACUCUCUUAAAGCCGACCAUGGCUACAACAUGGACAGUAAGAGCGUCAAGAACUUGCUGCACAUCAUGAGCCAGUAUGACCCAUCGCAACGUCGGGAUUUCUUGCAGUUCACGACUGGAAGCCCUAAACUCCCCAUCGGAGGUUUUAAGAGCUUAACACCCAUGUUCACCGUGGUUUGCAAGCCCAGUGAGCACCCAUACGCGUCUGACGACUACCUUCCCAGCGUCAUGACGUGUGUGAACUACUUGAAGCUUCCUGAUUACACCAGCAUGGAGACGAUGAAGAAACAACUGUCUAUGGCAGUCAAAGAAGGCCAAGGAGCGUUCCAUUUGUCGUAA